AUGCAGAUUAAGAGGGAGAUAAAAAUACUGCAGAAUCUUUGUGGGGGUAUAAAUAUCGUGAAGUUGCUUGAUAUUGUUCGAGACCAGCAAUCGAAGACCCCUAGUCUUAUAUUUGAGCAUGUUAACAAUCUUGAUUUUAAAGUUCUUUAUCCAACACUCCUGGACUUCGAUAUUCGCUACUACAUAUAUGAACUUCUAAAGGCAUUGGAUUAUUGCCACUCGCAAGGAAUUAUGCAUCGAGAUGUCAAACCUCAUAAUGUGAUGAUUGAUCAUGAGAAACGUAAACUUCGUCUUAUAGAUUGGGGUCUUGCUGAGUUUUACCAUCCUGGGAAAGAGUAUAAUGUUCGUGUUGCUUCAAGAUAUUUCAAAGGUCCAGAACUUCUUGUUGAUUUACAAGAUUAUGACUACUCUUUGGACUUGUGGAGUCUUGGUUGCAUGUUUGCCGGAAUGAUUUUCCGAAAGGAGCCAUUCUUCUAUGGACAUGAUAAUUAUGACCAGUUGGUUAAAAUAGCCAAGGUGUUGGGGACAGAUGAUUUGAACGCAUACUUGAAUAAAUAUCGAAUAGAAUUAGACCCUCAUCUUUCGGCUCUUGUUGGGAGGCAUAGUCGAAAACCUUGGACCAAAUUCAUUAAUGUUGACAAUCAGCAUUUGGCAGUCCCCGAGGCUGUUGACUUCGUUGAUAAAUUGUUACGCUAUGACCAUCAAGAAAGGCUAACUGCUAAAGAGGCAAUGGCCCAUCCAUACUUUUUCCCCAUUAGGAAUGCAGAAAGCAGCAGAACUCGGAACCAGUGAAAUCCAUUCCAGGUGGGAAACUGACAGCAGCGUGCCUCUCUCUAAUCUUUCUCGUCUCUGUAUUCUUGCAAAUCCUCUGUUGUGAUGUUUAAGAAAACUUUCAUUUGGUGUAACGAGGAAAUGUGCCCCCCCCCC